GCACUUCCGUAAAAUAUGAUUAGCGUUCCUUCCGGUUCGGGGACACUGCGGACGACACGUCUUGCAUUCUCGCUUGCAGAACAGAUUAAUUGCGACGUAACAGGGCAGCAUGACCAACAAAAGGAGAAAUAAGACAUCCAUGAGGGCAGGAAGGAAGCAGGUCAAGCAUGAUGAUGACCAGGAACCUCGAGAAGACAGUUCCAGUCAUCCGCUCUCGUCCAAGAUGGUGUCAUUGUCAAAUGAGGUGGCGACCUCCAAGGACCAGCCAGAACACGUCCUGAAGUGUACAAUGUGUACAGAAGUGUUCAUCAAUCCCUGUACACUUGGGUGUAAUCAUACAUUCUGUCGUAAUUGUGUUGUAAAUUACACCCAGACCAGACCAGAAGCUAUCAGUGCCAAGUCUCUCAUCUGCCCUUUCUGCAACAAGAUGACAAAAGUGCCUGAAACUGCGGGCUCAUUUGAGGAAUUUGCAGAAGAUGUCAAGCCAAGCAUUGUCAUACAAGGACUUCCGGGGACUCUUUUGGUCCAGAUUCUACGGAUACAACCUCGUGUGUGUACUGCAAAGAGAGAGGGGAGACAACUCCAUCUACUGUCAAGUGCUCAGUCUGUGAUGAAACACUGUGUGAGAAAUGUGUCGCCGACCACAGUCGCAUCCAUCAGGUCACUGACCUGUGUACAGAGGUCAAGGUUAAUAGACCAAAAGCAAUGUGUAAUGUACAUCCGCAGGAAUGCAUAGAGUUUCUGUGUAAAAAUUGCAAGAAGACGAUAUGUGACAAAUGUACCUUAUACCACAGAACAUGUGAUUCAGUUGUCGAGAUCAAUUCACAGAUCGGGACCAUGAGAACAGAACUUAAGAAGAAGCAAAAGACGUUAUCAAAGAAGCAAGAAGACAUGAUAUCCAAAACUAAUGAACUGAAAUCAACACUAAAUAUUCAAACGUCUCGAUACAAACAAAUGGAAGAAAACAUUAUGUCUUUAACACUGGAAGUCAUUGAAGAGAUCAAGGUGAAGGAAAGAAAACUUCUGGAUGAUCUGAAAGAGAUAUCAGACAGUCACAUUGGACCACUGAAAGCACAUAUAAAGUCGAGAGAGUUGUCAGCCCAGAUGUGCCAAGAAGAGGCGGAACUGAUUGAUGAGGCAUUGCGCUCUGAGGAUGACAAGAGUGUGUAUAUGAUGUAUGAGGGUUGUGAAGCAGGCGAUGUGGAGACUGUGGGAGACAUGUUUCCAAUGUCGGAGAAAGGAAGAAUAGGCAGAGUCACUUUCCUACAAGACAAUGAAAAGCUGAGUAAAGCACUGGAGCAUCUAGAGUUAGGCGAGUUUGACGUCUUCUAUGACGGUGUUGUGGAUCUGACAGCUCACCCUGUGUUACAAGACACCAUCGAUGUCCGAAUACCUGAAAAUAGGGGUAAAGGAUGGAUUGCUGAUGUGACAGUGAUAGUGGUGGAUGGUGUUGAUACAAUUGUAGUCACUGACCGGAACAACAGCAAUCUGAAUUCCUUCUACUUUAAGAACAAGCAGCUUUGUCACAACAGGCUGAUUCUGAGCAGUGCGCCAUGGAGUCUGACGAAGAUGACACACAAUCCCCUAGCUGUCACUGUGCCAUGUGUGAAACAGAUUAUAACGGUGAAAGUCGGUCCUGACCUGGAACUGCUGUCAACCAUCCAAACCAGUAAACAGUACUGGGGUAUAACAUGUCUGAACCCCUCAUUACUGGCUGCAGGUUCCAAAUCUCCUCCCUGUGUUGACAUCCUUGAUCUGACAGGAACCGUGCUGCACUCCAUCAGUCCAGACCUGUGUGGUAAAAGCAUAUUACAGUGUCCCAACUACCUGUGUACCACCAGGAAGGGAAACAUCCUGGUGUCUGAUGGGGCAACAAGAUGUGUCGUGUGUCUGACCCCCGAGGGUGAGAUAGUGUUCCAUUACAAACCGGCUGGAGAAAAAGCACUUAAGUGUCCUCAGGGUAUCACAAGCACCUGCAAGGGUGACAUCCUGGUGACAGACUUCUCUCUUAACAAAGUCAUCCAUCUGACCGAGUCAGGAGAGUUUGUGCGAGACAUACUGACAUCUGAAGAUGGUAUAGAGAAACCUCUGGGAGUGGAUGUAGAUGGGCGCAGUCAAAUGUAUGUUUGUCUGCAGAACCAAGAUGCUGUAAAGAUUUUCUUAAGUUGAUUCUGGACUGUGGAUAUCGAAGCUCUGUUUGGUAACCUUUGUAAGAAAUGAGCUAAAUUGGAUCAGGCGAUCAUUUUCUGACAAAAAUGGUUCUUACGAAUAUAGCUGUAAGCAGUAACAUAGGGCUCCUUACAUUAUCAUUGUUAAUCUUAAAUUAGGUUAAUCGUCUCCCAUUCAUAUAAUCAGAAAAGAAAUCAGCAAGGUAUAAAUAUAUCUGGUCAUUUACUGACAUGUUCUGCCAUUGCACUUCAAACCCGAAAAAGUAAACGAAGUGGCCCCUUUAGUUUAGAGAACUGAAUCACUGGACUCUGAAGAAGAUACUAAUGUUAUUGGAACCUGUGCUUAGAUUGUUUCAUAGUUCAGAUUCAGAAUGUAAGAAAACAAUUCAUACUUCCAUGUUUUGUGUUGUCUCACUUCCGGUUUAAGAAGUAAAUCCUUCCAGCAUUAAAACC